CUCCUGCCGCGUCGGGUCUGGGACGCGCGGCGUCAGGAGGGGCUCUGCUGCGGGGGCAGCCGCGUCCCCUCACCCGCUGCCCGGCGCGCUCCAGGCGGGAGGGGCGGACGGUCCGAGGCUGUCUCCGCUCCGCACGCGGGUCGCGGAUCUGUGGUUGGUGAGGGGCGUGCCGCUCUUCCAGGAGCGCGGGAGACCCUGGUGGGCUCCUCUUCUCUGCCGGUUUUCAAAGGCCUUGUGUCGCAGGCCUUGACACAGCUACCUGGCGGGCUGUGGACCCGAUGGGCUGUUGGGCCCUGAAUCGCAAGCCCACCAAUAACGCAGUCUCUCCCUGACACCCUGGUUCCUGGAGGCAGAAGGAGUAAGUAAGGCAGCACAAGGACAGGCCACUCUUUCCUUCCUGGCACAGAGUGUCAGUCACAUGCUGGAAAAAUGGGGAGUUCCUGGGCAAGCAGAGCCUGGGAGGAAGGCACCAGGAGCCCCAGGCUUCCUGCAGCUCAGGCUGCAGACCCUUAGUCCGGGCAGCUUCCAUGGAGCUGAGAGAGAUGGAGAAGGCUGCAGGCAGAAAAAAGAAGACACAGACCCCAAGGGAGGAGGCAGAUGUGCCGAAGGACACUCCCACAGAAGAGCAAGCCUCUGGGGGAAAGAAGCCAAACAAGAGAUCUGCUGUGGCCAGAAGGCACAGUAAGGGGCCCAGCCUGAGUCCGGAAGAUGAAGAACACAUCUUUGACGCUUUCGAUGCUUCCUUUAAAGAUGACUUUGAGGGAGUUCCUGUGUUCAUUCCUUUUCAGAGGAAGAAACCUUACGAAUGUAGCGAAUGUGGACGAAUCUUUAAGCACAAGACAGAUCACAUCCGCCAUCAGAGAGUGCACACCGGAGAGAAGCCCUUUAAAUGUGAGCAGUGUGGGAAGACCUUCCGGCAUAGUUCCGACGUCACUAAACAUCAGAGAAUUCAUACUGGAGAGAAGCCCUUCAAAUGCGGGGAGUGCGGGAAAGCCUUUAACUGCGGCUCCAAUCUCCUGAAACACCAGAAGACGCACACUGGAGAGAAGCCUUAUGAAUGUAAGGAAUGUGGGAAAGCCUUUGCCUACAGCUCCUGUCUCAUUCGCCAUCGGAAGCGCCACCCGCGGAAGAAGCCCUGAGCACAGGGAAGCUGUGACUGGAGUCUGUGCCACGCACUCCUCCUCUUUCCGCAUCCGAACGAGGCAAGGACUGGGGCCGUGUUCCCAGAAAAUCAACCCCAUCAGAUAUGGGAAUGCCAAGCAGGCAAGAGACCUUUCUCACUCCAGAUAAUCUCUUUGGAUCAAGACACCGGCUGGUGUGGAAGCUCCUUGAGGCUCUGUGGAGCUACAGGCCAUUUUUCUGAACUACCUGAUGCCCUAAGAAUCAGCACCAUGGAUAGAGGAGCAUAACAGCUGCCGUCAGUGCUGCCCAAGAACACUCAGCAGGAAAGGCCCCUGGCACUGUGGACCAGCAUCUCCUGCCGCCAUCUCUGUGGCAUCCACUGUGCUUGGGCCCUUUCAAGGCUCCAGUCUGUGGACUCUCCACCUUCUGGGUCCUCAAGCUAGACAGGGGUGCUCUACAGCGACCUCGGGGAAGCAAGUGUCCACUGCACUGCACCAAACCCCCCUAGUCCUGGUCAGCUGGCUUCAGUGACCAUUCUGUGGUUUGUCCUCUGGCUGGAGCACCAGCCCCAAGAGCUGGGCCACACCAUGUGUCCUAGCCCAGAUGGGCAGCCUGACUUACCUGGAGGGACCACUCGGGACCUGGGCUUCUCAGGGCCUUGAACCUCCCACCAUGGAGACUUUGUCCCCAGCCACAAAGUGGGGUCCCCAGCAGACGACAGCAACUUACAUCCAACCUGUGUCUGCCACUCAGCCUCUGGACACAGGCAGUGGCCCCUGCCCCACAGCCAGCCCUGUAUUCAGGCUGAUAGGAUGGACCCCCAGAUGCAGAAUGACAAAUUGCGAAAGACCUGCCUCCAGGUGUGCCCACGUAGACGCCUGCAGAGUGCAUGGACACAGGGCCGCCUCCACCUCUCCAGCAGUGGGCUGUUAAAGCAAAUUACUCCAAGCAAGAAGUUCCUGAUGAGAUACGCUUACAAAGGAACCUUAAAAGUAACAAGAAAGAUUCACCUGUUCCUGAGUUCAGAGGCAGAGCAGAGACUAAGCAGGAAGAAGAGAGCGCUCUGGGGAGAAGAAAAGUGAGCUUGUCCAGAGCAGCAGUCCCCUGGCCCAGGACAGCAUCCAUGUGCACGAGGCCACCUUGGCCCUGGGAAGGGCUGUUGCUGCAGGGAGGGUGAAACAGGGUAAGCGCAGGGAAGCAUUUUAUCUGAGUCACCUGACAAAAAACUAGAAACAACUGCAGGGAGCUUUCACUUGGUCCCCAACCUCUUCAGAGAUUUAAACAGUCACAGUGGGCAACUUUUCCUCAAUCCUUCGGUCCUUAAGCACCGUCAGUGGGGCCAGGGCCAUAGGAGAGCUGUGUUAGCAGGGACAGACUGAGGCUCCUUCUAACUUCAGCAUAGCCACCCUGGAGGGGAGUUCUGGGAACCAACUCGAUGUUCAGAACCUGAGAAGCAUAUGGGGGAAAUCUGAAAGCCCCUCAGUCAAGCAUCAAGGUUCUCUUUACAGGAAAAGGUGAAAGCAAAAACCCAGAAGCUUCUCAGGAGCACAGAGUGUCCACACAGCCCUCCUCGACUGCCCUGCCCAGCAGGCACUGCCCACCGGGCCUCGUUCUUGGGGAGGAGCACUGACCAAGACAGCUCUGGCUGGACCUCAGCACAGAGAACCUCCCGGUGUCUCAUCUCUGUCUUCCCACCAGAAGUCUGGGGGACACACCCAGCUCUGGGUGGCAGAGCCCUUCCCUGUCUGGGCCUCCUUUUUCCUGUUCCACAUGGAAAGGGAGGGCUGACAGUGACUCAGGUUUGCUGGCUCUGGGCAGGUCCCCCUGUGCUGCUGGGUGCACCUGGGCCUGAGUCCUAGUGAACUCUUGUAUCAAUCCCCAAUUUGGGCACCACGAUGUGAUUGUUUCUUUCCUGUGUGAGUGAGCUGAGACACCAGGACAUGCUGUAGAGGAAAACAGGACUGGAGCAUAAGGUUCUAUGGCCUCAGCACCAGGGAGAAAAGCCACAGCCUCUGGGGAGACUUGGAUAUUUGCUCUGGAACAAGGACAGAGAAUUGGUAUUGAGGCAUGGCUCUCAGGGAGCCAGGACAGGGUGGGGGCAUUCCGUGGUCAGCAGAGAACAGCUGAAGCCCAGGGAAGAUGGAGUAGGCUCUGGGUCCCGUCUCAAACACAUUAUCCCGUGGGCAAGGAGGGCACAUCAGCCUGUGCCUUCAAGAGCCUGUGCUCCCAGAGCUUGGCAUUGCUUUCUUGUGGUUUCCUCCUCAAAUCCAGCCACGUGUUCAGUGCACUGAGGGCAAGUAGAGUGUCUAGCUACAGUCCCCCUGGGAUCCCUCCCUGGCCACAGUGGUGACUCCCCAGUCUGGCUAGAAAGGAUGCUGUUGCCCUACAGUUCCUCUUGGAGAUGGCUCCAAGGAAGGUGGCUCUGGGGCCUGAUGAGGGUUCCUGGACAGAAGAACCCCUGAGCCUGGGGCCUUUCAGCCCCCACCUGCCUGUCUGUACCUCAUCUGGCCCUGGUGUCCUGGUGUGGUUUAGGAAGCACUGCACACAUGCCUGUCGCUGCAGCCUCAGCCACUGCAAUUCAGCUGGUGGUUUUGUUUUUUUGUUUUUUUUUUUUGGUGUUCACAACUCUUUGUCUUGUGUGUGUGUGUUUCUUGGUCAGGUUGAAUGCUGUCAUGCCUCAAUACUCCUCACAUUCCCUCAUGGCAUGUGUGUUAAAUCGCACAGCUCAUGUCCUGUGAACGCUCUUGUAACAUGGUCUUGGCCUCCUGUGUUGGUGGCAGAUAUUGUCCCUGGUCCAGUAUUUCCCACUGUUAUUUUGUAUUGCCCCCAAAUUUAACUUUCCUACUAGCCAAAGUUGUUGAACUUUUAUAUUCUAUCUUUAUUCCUUAGUAAGUAUCCUCUACAUUUGGGAUAAAUACUCUAUUUUGUUUUUGACUACUUUUUCUGUGGCUUUUUACCUGGUUUUUUCUUCAUUCUGCAUGGAUCACAGGAUUUGUUACAGAAUGCUUCCUUCUCCUGCUUGUCCGUACCUAUUUUCUCAUACAGUAAACAUCUGUUUCUGACUU